AUACAGUUGAAAUCCAGUAGUGCCCUACCUGCCUCUCUGACAGAAAUAAAGAGCCUGUUCACCAUGAAGAGACUUUUCAGCACUUCACGUUCAACAGUAGAUUCAAAAGAAAUGAAAAAAUUCCAUCUCCUCGCAGACAAAUGGUGGGACGAAGAAGGAGAAUAUUCAGCCCUUCAUUCUAUGAAUGAUAUUAGAGUGCCAUUUAUUAGAGAUACCCUGUUGAGCAUGAGGAAUCAUCAUGAACUGGGAAACCCACUUGCUGGACUCAAGAUUCUAGAUGUUGGCUGCGGAGGUGGAUUGCUAAGUGAACCCCUCGGUAGGCUGGGAGCUUCGGUUACCGGAAUUGAUCCUCUGGAGGACAACAUUAGGACAGCAGAUUGGCACAAGUCAUUCGAUCCCGUCCUGGCCAAGAGAGUGCAGUACAAGAGCAGCUCACUGGAGGAGGUGGUGGAGGAGGCGGUGGAAACCUUCGAUGUAAUCGUAGCCUCUGAAGUAGUGGAGCAUGUGGCUGACCUUGAAAUGUUUAUCAAGUGCUGCUAUCAGGUGCUGAAGCCUGAAGGUUCUUUAUUCAUUACUACAAUCAAUAAAACACAGUUGUCCUAUGUCCUGGGAAUUUGGCUUGCGGAAAAAGUAAUAGGCAUUGUGCCUGAAGGAACACAUGAGUGGGAGAAGUUUAUUCCCCCUGAAGAGCUGCAGCACCUCCUGGAAUCGAGUGGCUUCUCCGUGAAGGCAGUGAACGGGAUGCUGUACAAUCCCCUCACAGGGGCGUGGAGCUGGAGGGAAAGCAGGAGCCUCAACUACGCCGUGCACGCCGUGAAAUGCGGGAGUCCGGGCGAGUGGGACUACACAGAGCCCUCGGCAGAGCCGCAGCACCAGGAGCCCCCUGCCACCACCAGCACCAGCCUGUGACAGAGCCACGUGGUGGCCAGCAGGGCAGGAGGACGGUUUCGCACGGCGGGACAGCACCGCCCCUGCUGCAGCGACGAGAGCUGCCCGCGUGGGUAAUGCGGGGGCUGCUUCAUAACGUGGGGGCUGUUUCACAGCGCUGGGGGCCGGGUUUGGCCAGCUGCCUUAGGGCAAUCUCAAAAAAAUCAAGUGCCCAUUACCUCAGGAACCAUUGCAGACUGAGAUGAGUAAACCUUUGGAAGACUAAGUAUUUUUAUAAGAAAGUAGUUACAAAUUGUCAGAGAAGGGAAUGUAAAUUAUUCUGUCAGUAGCUUGGGGGAGACUCUUCUGUGGUAGCUUUCUCUAGAGAACUCGGAUCUCCACAGAAUAAUAGCUUAAAGGUAGAAUGAGUUUCAAAAAUACAGCACUACAUGGUAACAUGCCUUCAGUAGUCAAGUUUCUAACCAAGGCACUUAAAAAUAUAAAUCACCUCAAACCUCCCACAGAAAGAAUGUGCUACUGAAAUUACUAAGCAACUGUAUCUUUGUGCUAGAAAAAUGAGAUGUUUGCAGUCUGUCCUAG